AUGUCUCCCAUCAUCCUCAACCACACACUGGCGGACCUGUAUUCAGAAGAUGGUGACGUCUCAAAUCUGGUCGCUGUCUUUGCGUAUCCCACUGCACGCAGCCAAGGCAUCGCCUCAUCUCCUUCGUCCAAAAAAUUCAUCUAUCAGACGCCAUUGGCACCCUCAACGAAUCAAGAUGCAGUCGAAAGGCGCCGUCUACACAACAUUCCGCUCAAGAUGGCAUUCACGAUGGGGAAAAUGCCCAUAGUCCUCUUUGAUCUCGAUCGGAGUGAAAUGGAUGACAACGGCGAAUAUUCCCAUCACGUCGAUGCGUGCAAGGUGCUGGACCAGUUACAUCCCAAUCAACGGCCUAAUAUCACCUUUACCCGGGGCCCGGAUGAAAUCCAGCUACAGAAGGAUGCGCGAAUUGUGAUCUUGAGUCCUUUGGACUUCAUAGCUCAUUUACCACACGCUGUUGACCCGGAGAUCCACUAUGAUUUACUAUCAAAAAGAGGACUAGCUUACUCUGGACUUCCUACCCCACGCACUGUGGUCAUGGACAGCAUAAGUCUUCCCAGCGAGGGCUUUUCCUCAACGCAGAUUAAAGACGAGAUCCAACGCAUGAUGUGCCCCAUCUAUGAAAGGGAGGUUCCCUUUAUUGUCAAGGUUCCACAAGCUGUCGGGGGUCUUGGAACAUUCAUCGUGCGUACCGAAGCCCAACGCCAAGCUGCUGCGACAGUGCUUGAAACAGAGCUUGGCCAGAUAUUGCGCAACGUUACCUCCCUGAAUCAACAUCUCCAACCUUGCUGUUUGAUCAUUCAAGAUUUUGUCCCAGGGGACACCUUGGGGCUGACUCUGUUUGUGACGCAGCUAGGGAGACCAAUUUUCAUCGGCUGCUGCACACAGGCCGUGGACAUCGCGGGACUUUGGUCUGGGGGCACGAUAUCCUAUCCGAGACAGGCCGAAUUGCAGAAGCGCUUUGGGGAGUUAAUGGACAAGAUUGCGAGACUUUUGCACAAGAAGGGGUACUACGGUCCUGCCGGUGUUGAUAUCAUGAUUGACCAAAAUGGAAAACCGCUCAUCAUUGAUUUUAACGUCCGUGUCACUGGUUCAUACAGUCUGGGAUGUCUCCGGAGCCACUUUGAACAAAGAGGUCUAUGUGAGGCGCUGCUGUCUUCAAUCAACCCUCAUUGCUCUCGGGAAGAUUUCCAGAACCAUUUCAAGGAAGAAUUUGAACAUGGAAUCUUCAUCAUGAUUACAUGGACUUCUCAUAUGCCUGAUGGCUCGAGCUUGGCUAUGGUUUGCAUGGGGGCGCCAGACCAGACUCAGCUUCAAGAUCUUGCCGCUAGACUCGCUACCUUCGUGUCCGCAUCGAAAGACUCGGGUCCCGAUGGUCACAACCUUCAUACCAUUACUUCUGCACCAUAA